AAGCCCAGUCGAGUAUUGUACGUUCUGGAGUAAAGACGUGAUCACCAGCCACCAUAGCCAUAUUAUAUUCAGCGAUACUCGCGGUGUUCGAAAUCAACAAUUAACACACACAAUUUUUUAGAAGAUUAAUAUUCCGAGCAUCGGCGAUCUAUAUACAAACGGGUCAAGAGGUCUAGCCAGAUAGGGAGAGGCGGAGGAGGAGCAUCUCCAGCUCUGCAUAUCUCGGCCGUUAAGAAUCGAUACGAUCAACCCAACGGAUCUUAAAGUGUAGUGCGCGUGUGUUUCUUUCUGAAAAAAUCGAAAGAAAAACGAAAAACUAGUGACAGUGUUGCCCUGAAAUCCGAUGCCAGCGGUUGAUAGUAUCUACAAAAUCCUGCUGGAAAACCGAGCUGCAAUGGAAACCCCCGCACACACGCAUAUGUUUGCCUAGUGGGUUAUUUCCCGAGUUUUCCGUGUUUUGCCGAGCGGCCUGCUCAAACAGUUGGUAAUCCGCCGCCCGAGCGAAUGCAACGUUUCCCGAGUACCGAACUUGAAAACCCGUGAUUUGUGAACAGAUUCAGUGAUCAAAUAAAAGUGUCCCAUCUGCCUGGCCAAAGAAUUGUGAAUUUGAUAUUACCGAGUGACCGGUCGAUCACUCGACAAAAUGACUUCCCUCGUGUACACCGUCCUCAACCUGGCCACCCUCCAGUGUUCCGUGCGGCCGGAGAUCUCGCCCUGCACCUGCGAAGCGGGCAAGGCCUGGAACCAUGUGGAGCUCUACUGCGAGAAACUUGAAUCCUUCGAUGCCGUCGUCACCAGCCUGGCCAAUAAGCUCAACCCGGACACCCAUAUCGACCUGAAGAUCACGUAUUCACAUCUCGAGGACCUGGAAAUGAAAUCGUUUACGGAUAUGAACUUCAACCUGUACAAGCUACGGAUGCAGUGGAACGGUCUAAAAUCGCUGCCCGAGGUGCCGUUCCGCGGGUUAUCGAAUGUCACCUACCUAAGCAUCGGCGACAACGAACUCGACGAGAUCCCGAAGCACGCCUUGAGCCACAUGCCGAGCAUUUUGACUCUGGACAUUGGGCGGUGCAACAUACGGGCGGUGCAGCAAGAGGACUUCAGGGGCAUCCAGAAGGUGACGAACCUGAUCCUGGUCAGCAACAUCAUCCAGCGCUUGGACAGGGGAUCUUUUCCCAAGAGCCUGUUGAUCCUGCAUUUGGGUAGAAAUCAACUGGAGUCGCUCAAUGGUUCGCUGCACGAUUUGGAGAACCUGCAGUCCCUGUUCAUCAAUGCGAAUAAUAUCACGACGCUGGAUGGGGAGCUGCCGGAUAGUAGUCAGUUGCGUCUGCUGAUGGCCCACAACAACCGGUUGGAACGACUUCCCGCCAAUAUGGAGGGAAUGCACAGCCUGGAGACGGUGCAUAUACACUACAACCAGCUGAGGUCCUUCGAUCGCGUCUUUCGCAAUGCCGUCAAUCUCUCCGAGGUCCUGGCCGACAACAAUGAGCUGGAGUACCUUUCCCGGGACGAGUUCGCCAGCUGCUCCAAGGUGGAGUCCCUGCUGAUGGGGAGUAACCACAUCAAAUCGUUGAAUUCGUCACUACUGCCGAUUCUCAAGUUGAAGGUUGCGAACUUCUCUUUUAACGACAUCGAAGAGUUCUCGAUGGCGGAACUACAUGGACUGCGUUCGCUUAAGACCCUCCUACUGUCCAGCAAUCGCAUACAACGGCUACUACCCGAUCCCCAAGGAGUGCAGAACCUGAUCCUUGUCAAUCUGGACCUGGAUAAUAACAGAAUCGAUUCCCUGAAUGGUGCCCUAGCCGGUCUGGGCUAUCUGCGCAUACUCAAUCUGGCCGGAAAUCGAUUGGAGCACCUCCAGGUGGGCGAUUUCGAUGGCAUGAUCCGUUUGGAAAUCCUCGACCUCACCGGAAAUCAAUUAGCGGAGCUUAAGCCCUUGGAAAUGACCGUGCUGCCAAACCUAAAGAUCCUGAAGGUGGCAUACAACAAUAUAACCAAGCUGGAGCAGGACUUCAAGGGUCUGCCCGUGCUGUGCCAGGCCAACUUGACCAACAACCAGAUUUCGACCAUAUCAAGUGAACUCGUCACCAACACGCGCUGCAAAAAUCACAAUGUUCCCGGAAAACUGGAGAUACAUCUAGAUGACAAUCCCAUAAUGUGUGAUGUGCGCCUGAACGAGUUGUGUCGCUUGAUGGCUGUCCAGGAGGCCCGAAUCCGAGGUAGAUCCCAGUGCUUCGAGAACGACCAGGAGGUGUGCACGGUGCUGCCCAUGCUGUACAGGGUGGACCUGCCUUCGCUGGUGCACAACCUGAAGUUUGGAGGCCGGGAGGAUGCCAAGCCGGUGAUGCAGAUGCUGGUGCCCAUCAAGGCGAACAACAAGCUAUUGCCGCCGAUUCUCACCCUGGGCAAUGAGGUGAUCAUUGGCGCCGCUCUGGUCAGUCCUGUGAUUGCACCUCUGCCAACACCACUCUUGCUGACCACCUCCACUACGCAGACGCCGCCUCUGCCAACGCCUGUGGAGACGGAAGUGGAGAAGAACGAGUCCACGACGGUGAAUCCCAUUACCACGAGCAGCACAGAGGAGACCACGACCACGACCAGCACUACGACGACCACUGAAACCAGUAGCCAGGUGGCUCCAGCCGAGGAGGUAAUAACCACCACUGCGCCCACCACCACGACCACCAGCACCACGACACCGAAACCCAACGAAACGCUGCCCGUGAUUGUGGAACUCCAGGAGCCCAACCCACCGACGACUCCACUCAACCAAACGGAUGUCAGUGUGGCCCAGGAGGAGGCAGUUCCCCCGACCGUUCAGGAUCCCCUACAGCAGGAGCUGGAGAGGGAGCGGGUUCUAGAGCGGGAUCUGGACCACGAGGCGGUGGCCAAGACCGAGUACGAGACGGUGGAGUAUAUCCCCAAUCUGGUGCAGCCACCGGUGGAUGCACUGACACCGCCGCCCAGCAAGGCGAAUGCUUUGGAGGAGGACUCCGAGUCCGUGCACUCCAACUCCGUGCACGCAGAGUAUCCGCACGCGGCGCAGAGCCUGCAGAUACCGGAGGAACCGCCGGAGGAGUGAGUCCUCCACACUGGGGUGUUAGGCUCCUCGGGGGGAUUCCCCGAAUAAAACAUAUUAUUUUACUGUAAAUCGCAGACGGACGGAGGAGGCGGAAUCGAUGGAGAUCGAUGGAGGUCGGGCGGAGCAGCAUGCAAACGGCGGAAGGAGCGAGUCUCGGAUUUGUAUGCCUUAAGUUAACUUAGUUCUUAUGUUUUAUUUAAGCCAUCGCUAAAUCGAACAGUUUGUCGGACCGGACGCUUUUUUGUUGAGUUUUUUCGUCGAUUUCGAGAGAAUUUCGAAAUCAGGACAAACGUACGAGGACAGUCUUAUGAUUUAAGCUUAUUUGUUGGGGGCUCAAUUUCGCGUAUGUGUGUUUUGGCGUUGGCAGAUGGUUGCUUCUCGGUUUCCAAAUUCAUGGAUUAUAGCGAAAAAUACUCCAAAUAAAUUUGAAAAAAUUUAGAUUUUUAGGAUUUAAUGAACCAACUGAAAAAAUGUUACAUCUUGAAAUUUACUUUCGCAAAUUUUAAGAAAAUAAUAUAAUUUUUUUUUGAACCCAUGAAAUUGAAAACCGAAAAACAACCAAUGGAAAAGGAAGGUGGCGAUAUCGAAUAUGCAACUGCAAAUACACAUUAUCUAUAUUUAAUAACUGUAUACCCGUACGAACGUUGAACAUCUACAAGUAGGUACUUAGAGUUAAACGACAGCAACAACAAAUCGCAUCGAGCUAAUGUUUAUAACGAAAAGCACUCACUCACAUACACACACACAAAACCACACACACAAACACAACCGUAGCCGUGCACAUGCACAAACUGAAAAAAAA